AUGAAGGAUUCUCAGGCUGUUGCUACAAGCCGCAACUGCAUCGUCCCCGCCCGCCGGGGCCCUGGCACGGGGGUGCGGGGCCUGAGGGGCCUGAAGGGCCCUGGCACGGGGGUGCGGGGCCUGAGGGGCCUGAAGGGCCCUGGCACGGGGGUGCGGGGCCUGAGGGGCCUGAAGGGCCCUGGCACGGGGGUGCGGGGCCUGAGGGGCCUGAAGGGCCCUGGCACGGGGGUGCGGGGCCUGAGGGGCCUGAAGGGCCCUGGCACGGGGGUGCGGGGCCUGAGGGGCCUGAAGGGCCCUGGCACGGGGGUGCGGGGCCUGAGGGGCCUGAAGGGCCCUGGCACGGGGGUGCGGGGCCUGAGGGGCCUGAAGGGCCCUGGCACGGGGGUGCGGGGCCUGAGGGGCCUGAAGGGCCCUGGCACGGGGGUGCGGGGCCUGAGGGGCCUGAAGGGCCCUGGCACGGGGGUGCGGGGCCUGAGGGGCCUGAAGGGCCCUGGCACGGGGGUGCGGGGCCUGAGGGGCCUGAAGGGCCCUGGCACGGGGGUGCGGGGCCUGAGGGGCCUGAAGGGCCCUGGCACGGGGGUGCGGGGCCUGAGGGGCCUGAAGGGCCCUGGCACGGGGGUGCGGGGCCUGAGGGGCCUGAAGGGCCCUGGCACGGGGGUGCGGGGCCUGAGGGGCCUGAAGGGCCCUGGCACGGGGGUGCGGGGCCUGAGGGGCCUGAAGGGCCCUGGCACGGGGGUGCGGGGCCUGAGGGGCCUGAAGGGCCCUGGCACGGGGGUGCGGGGCCUGAGGGGCCUGAAGGGCCCUGGCACGGGGGUGCGGGGCCUGAGGGGCCUGAAGGGCCCUGGCACGGGGGUGCGGGGCCUGAGGGGCCUGAAGGGCCCUGGCACGGGGGUGCGGGGCCUGAGGGGCCUGAAGGGCCCUGGCACGGGGGUGCGGGGCCUGAGGGGCCUGAAGGGCCCUGGCACGGGGGUGCGGGGCCUGAGGGGCCUGAAGGGCCCUGGCACGGGGGUGCGGGGCCUGAGGGGCCUGAAGGGCCCUGGCACGGGGGUGCGGGGCCUGAGGGGCCUGAGGUAG